UAAGAGUCAACAGAAAUAAAAGAAGGCGGAGAGGAGAAUUAUAUAAGUCACAAAGUCAGGUUCCUGGUAUUAAUUCAGGUGAGAAGACCCAGAACCCUCUUUCGAAAUAUUACAGCCAACACGGAGAGAAUUAACUAAACAAAGUGCUUGUAAGCAAUACCAAUGAAGGCCAGAUUAAAGUUGAAUAUAAGCCAUUAGAGAGGCUGAAGAAUUAUGAUUUGGCGAAGAUUGUCCAGAAAUAUCAAAAGCCUAGCUCUGAAAUUGCUACAAAUUGGACCACAAUGUUUUCAAGUACCAGAAAUGAUAAUUCUCAGCAAAAUCUGAAGAUCUCCAACCUUCUUCGGUUUAGCAACACUAAUUCAAACUUCCAGUUAAAUAAAUCUCCAAAGCGCGACACUUUGCGGAGAAAACAAAGUACUGGAAAGAAAUGGGAUAACUUUUUGUUCACUAAAAAGAAUUACCAAGAAAUUAACUCAAGUGAUCUGAAAACAGCCCAAAAACCAAAAAUUUAUGAUAAAAAAAUUAGAAGACCUUACUCACUAGACAAUUCAGUUAUGGAACAGCCAAAGAACAAUAAAAAGGCUAAUAAAAAUUCACGGUCCUUACCUAGGUUCAAAUUUGAUUCCACAAAGCCCUUCUUGGGCAAAUUUUAUUAUGAAAAACGCAAGAGUGAACUAACCAAUAGACUUGGUUUGACAACAGGCAAGACUAAAUCUGCUCAAAAUAGCCAAAUCUUAGACUCAAAAAACUCCAAAGAUGUAUCAUUGGUAGAUAUCUGCAAGAGGAUGGAGUUUAAGUUCAACAAGUACAAAUAGAGACAGGGAGAAGUACUUCCAAACUCCAGAAGAAAAAGAAAGAAUCACUCUUAGCAAUGUUCAGAAAUACUUCCCAAAGAACCUAAUCCAGCAGAUAAAAGAGGAGAUGAACAAUAGAAUGCUCAAGAAAAAGAUAGAGGAUAUUGGACAAGAGAAUAACCGUACAGAACUAUGAAAUCUAGUUAAGAAUUACGAUAAAGAGCCUAUAUAUCUUUCUCUGAAUAAUAUAGAGAGAUAUUUACCGCAGCAUGAGAAAAUUGAUAGGAAAAUGGAAUUCGAAAAUGAGCAACUCACCCCAACAUCUCAAAAUGAGCCUAAACGAAGGUGGCUGAAAGUUAGUGAUGGGUUUGUAGACUCUUUUCCUAUACAAUAGAGAGAUUUGUUCAGAAUAUUAGAAUUCAAUAUA